CCGCGAUGUGAUGUUGGAGCACGCACCGUGGUGGGUCUCCUCCGCACGUUGGAUUCCUCUUUCGACGGGGUCCCGGCGCGAGUAGGAGUCGGAUAGCGCAACAGUAGUGUGGCUGCCGCCGGCACGGGAACUGCGCGAUCGAGACGGUCGCGGCGCGGCGACGCGCUUCUUCCCAUCUUCAUCUUCUGUGUAGGGGUUCUCCCCUUUCAUUUUUUUUUUUCUUCUCUUUAUUCCCGGAGCGGAUUAACGCGCCUCCCGUUGGGUUUCGGAAUUCUGACUCUCGCUCUCACGUUGAGAGUUAAUCUCGCGACGAGAGAGAGUGAAAGUUUUUCCUUUUCUCUCUCUCUCUCUUUCUCUCUUCUCUCGUCUCACAUUCGUGCGUUCGUGUGCGCUCUUGCACGCACGUCCGAUGAACUCCACGUGGUGGUGGUGUCGAUACCGCGCGAGUUUUUUCUAUCUCGAGUGUGCCUGAAUAAAAAGUGUCGCGAGAAAUACACACGACGAGAGGCGGCGGUUUCGUGAUGGACCUGUUCGUCGUCUGGAUGUUGCUGCUGCUGUUGCUGCUGUUGCCGGUUCCGCGGCGAGGAGCAGGAGCGGCAGAUCCUCCUCCCGCGCCUGUCGACGGAACGACGACGAAAUGCCCGAACGAAUGCGUGUGCGAGAAGUCGACGCUGGUGCGAUGCAUGUUUCUGAAGCUGCGCCAGGUGCCGCGGGUGCCCGCCAACACGACCGUUCUAGAUCUCCGAUUUAAUCAUAUCACGGAGGUGACGCCGGGAACGUUCCGCGGACUCGAUCAGCUGCACACCGUGUUGCUGAACGACAAUCGCAUUCGUCAUCUGCCGGCGGGCGCGUUCGCGGGCGCGCCGAAUCUACGGAUACUCUACUUGUACAAAAAUCACAUCGAGCACAUCGCGCCGGGAGCGUUCGCUCAGCUGUUCAAACUCAAGCAGCUCUAUCUUCAUCACAAUCGUCUGCGAAAGAUUCAGCCGGGCACGUUCAACGAUCUGCCGUCGCUCGAACGUCUGUUUCUCUACAGCAACAAGCUGCACAGCUUACCGGCCGACGCGUUUCUCAACGUCGGCCCGAUGACGCGGCUGCGUCUCGACAGCAACGCGCUCGUCUGCGACUGCAACCUGGUCUGGCUGGUGGAACGUUUUCGCGACAGACCGACCGAGAUGGCGGCCGUCUGCCAGUCCCCGCACGCGAUGAGCGGCCGUUCUUUGAUCACGAUGUCGCCCGAGGACUUUCAUUGCACGAAACCGCGCAUAAUAGAAGGACCGGAAGACACCGUGGUCCGAUUCGGAGACACGAUGACGAUGACGUGCCGAGUGACGGGCGAUCCGAAACCGAAGAUCGAGUGGAUGAGAAACCAAUGGUCGGACGAUGACAGCGGCGCGAUGACGAUGAUUCGCGAGGACGGCGAGAAAUAUGUGAUCCACGAAGACGGGACUUUGGAAAUCAUCAACACCACCGACGAGGAUCACGGUAUGUACGAGUGCGUGGCCAUCAGCGACAUGGGCUCGACCAAAUCCCGACAGGCCAGAGCGGUGAUCGUAGCGGGAACCCUGGAACUCGUCGAGGGACCGAAGUCGCAGAACGCGACCGAGGGCGACGACGUGACCUUUCACUGUCGGGGAUUCGGCAAACCCAUGCCCAAGAUCACGUGGAGCCGUGACGGCCGACCGAUCUUUACCGGUGACAGAAUUCUGCUUGGACGCGACAACACCUCGCUUCGCAUUCACGCGGUCAAAAAGACCGAUCAGGGCAAGUACAAGUGUCAUCUCCGUAGUAUCGAUCACGUGACCGAUGGCGUGGCCGAUUUAAUUGUUCGCGACUCGACCGCGCCCCGAUUUCUCGUCACGCCGCAAGACAUGGAGGCGGAACCGGACGCGACAAUCGAGGUGUCUUGCCGGGCACAGGGCGCGCCGAAGCCGGUGAUACACUGGAGAAAGGACGGCACCACGAUCGAGGGCGGCAGGUUCAAGGUCACGCGCGGCGGAAGUCUCCUCAUUUUCAACGUUACGCCGCAGGACACGGGCAGAUACGAGUGUUCGGCUGUGAAUGACAACGGUCGCGCGAUCGCGCACGCGCUUGUGCGCGUGCGACAGCUCAGCGCUACGGACACGCUCGUGAUACGAGCCUUUCACGACGCAACCGAGGAGAUCGAUCGCGCCAUCAACAAGACUCUGUCGUCUCUAUUCGGCACCGACGGCAAUCCCAGACACGUGAAUCCGUACCGAUUCACGCGGUUUCCAAACGCGAUCGGUCGAGCGGCCGCCAGACCCGCCGAGCUAUUCGAACGAACUCUCGUCAACAUUCGUCGUAUGGUGAACGCCGGGGCCAAGGCGAACGUAACCGGCGAAUUCCGUUACGAGGAGAUCUUGACGCACGAACAGGUGAAAGAAAUCGAGCGUCUAUCCGGAUGUACCGGUCACAGGCAUCGACAGAACUGCACCAACAGGUGCUAUCACAACAAAUAUCGAACUGUCGACGGCAGAUGCAACAAUCUGCGCAAUCCCACGUGGGGCUCGUCUUACACGGGAUUUCGCAGAAUAUUGCAGCCUAUUUACGAGAACGGUUUCUCAAUGCCGGUUGGCUGGGAAAAAGAUCGACUCUAUUACGGUUAUCCGAAACCGGCCGCGCGUCUCGUGUCGACCGCUCUGAUAUCCACACACGACAUCACGUCCGACGACGAGAUCACCCACAUGGUGAUGCAGUGGGGCCAGUUUCUCGAUCACGAUCUCGACCACGCGUUGCCGUCGGUCUCGAGCGAGUCGUGGGACGGUAUCGAUUGCAAGAAGUCGUGCGACAACGCGGCUCCCUGUUUCCCGAUGGAAGUGCCGCCGGGAGAUCCGCGUGUCACCAAUCGACGUUGCAUCGACUUCGUUAGAACCAGCGCCGUGUGCGGUUCCGGUGCGACCAGCGUAUUAUGGGGCGACCUAACUCCCCGGGAGCAGUUGAACCAGUUGACCAGCUACCUGGACGCGUCGCAGGUUUACGGUUACGACGACGACCUGGCGCGCAAUCUGCGCGACUUCGCGACCGAUCGCGGCCUGCUUCGAGAGGGUUCCGCGAUUCCCGGUCACAAGCCGUUGCUGCCUUACAUGUCCGGUCAGUUUGUCGACUGUCGCAGAGACCCGCUCGAGAGUUCGAUCAAUUGCUUCGUAGCCGGAGAUAUUCGCGCGAACGAGCAAGUCGGUCUGUUGGCGAUGCACACGUUGUGGUUGCGCGAGCACAACCGCAUCGCUCGCGCGCUUCGCGAGAUGAAUCCACAUUGGAAGGGCGAGAAACUGUAUCAGGAGGCGAGGCGCGUAGUCGGCGCCGAAAUGCAACAUAUCACGUAUCAGCACUGGCUGCCGCGGAUAUUCGGACCGUCGAUCGUGUCUCUGCCGCGCUACCGCGGCUACGAUCCCAACCUUGAGGCCAGUGUAUCAAACGUCUUCGCCACCGCGGCCUUGCGUUUCGGCCACUCCCUCAUCCAGCCGCGUCUUCAACGUCUGGACGCUUUGUUCCAAUCGAUUCCUCAGGGUCCUCUCGAUCUGCGCGACGCCUUCUUUUCGCCUUGGCGACUGGUCGAGGAAGGCGGCACCGAUCCGUUGCUACGCGGUAUGUUCGCCACCCCGGCGAAGCUCAAGCUGCCCGAACAAAAUCUCAACAUUGAGCUUACCGAGCAUCUGUUUCGCACCGCGCACGCGGUCGCGUUGGAUCUGGCGGCGAUGAACAUCCAACGCGGACGGGAUCACGGUCUUCCCGGUUACUUGGAGUGGCGCGAUUAUUGCAACAUGUCGCGCGCAGAAACGUUCGAGCAGCUACACGCCGAAAUCAGAAGCGGCCACGUGCGACAGAAGUUACGCGAACUUUACGGUCAUCCGGGUAACAUAGACGUUUGGGUCGGCGGUAUCCUCGAGGAUCAAUUGCCGGGGGCGAAGGUCGGCCCGCUGUUCGCGUGUCUCUUGAUGGAGCAAUUCAAACGUACUCGGGACGGCGAUCGGUUCUGGUACGAGAAUCCCGGGGUGUUUCGCGACGAGCAGCUCGCGCAAAUCAGACAGACGUCGCUCGCAAGAAUCCUGUGCGACAACGGUGACAAUAUAACUCGCGUGCAACCGAACGUGUUCUUGUUGCCCACGGGCAACAACAGCUACGUCAGCUGCGACGAUAUUUCUUACGUUGAUCUGAACGCUUGGUCCGACUGUUGCGACAACUGCGAGGACAGCGACAACAACGUCGCUCGCGUGCGCAGAGAGGCCGAGAAGUACUUCGCGCCCGAUCACAAGAACCAUGUGGAAUCGUCGAGCCGCGACAAGAAGAUGGAAUACUUGGAGGAGAUGAUCGAGAAGAGCGAUCGAGAGGCCGGGGAACUGCGAAAACGGGCCGACGAUUUAUCGCGCACAGUUAAAGAACUGAGGUCGUUACUGGACGAAGCUAAAACAUGGCAAUAAUAAACGACUAAACUGAUCGUUCUUUUAUUAUAUGUAAAUAUUAUUACCACACACACCAUGAGUACCAAUAAAUACGGUAAAUCGACUAGCGGUAGCUUU